AACUUCGCUUAUACAGCUUGUUGCACUUUGUAUUAUUUUCCCUGCUUCUUUUUAGAGAACUGGGAACUACAAAAUACCUACUACACCCGUCUCCGCAGCAUCCUGUAUUACAUCUCAAGCUAUGGCUUCUAAUCGAGCACGCCGGGUCGCCAAGGAGAUCGCCGACAUCCUUUCGGACACGCACUCGCAGAUCACCGCAGAGCCGGUGGGCAACGACGACGAUAUCACACACCUUCGCGGGACCUUCCCGGGUCCGCCAGGCACUCCGUACGAAGGUGGGAUAUAUGCAGUGGACAUCAAGAUUCCCACGGAAUAUCCAUUCCGGCCCCCGGCGAUGAAGUUCCACACCAAGGUCUGGCAUCCGAAUGUCAGCAGUCAAACGGGUGCCAUCUGCCUCGAUACAUUGUCGUCCGCGUGGUCGCCCGUCCUGACCAUCAAGUCGGCACUCCUCUCCCUGCAGUCGUUACUGAGCACGCCCGAACCCAAGGACCCUCAAGACGCGGAGGUCGCCACGAUGUUGUUGCGCAACCCGAAGGAGUUCGAGCGAAAGGCUCAGGAGUGGGCGGUGGUAUACGCGGGGGCACCCAGGAAACACGCCGGCGAGGGCAGUGGCGGCGCCACCGAUGAGACCCUGCGCGAGCUGGAGCUCAAGUCCAAGGCCGAGCAGGAGCAGGAGGACUUAGCCAAGUACGAUGGGUAUAAUAAAGACCUGAUCGACCGCUUCUGCAGUAUGGGCUUCGAUGUCGACCGCGUGGUCGCUGCAUUCAAGUACUAUGGGAUCGACCGCAAUGGCGGGGAGGACUAUGAGCUGGAAGCGGCGUACAUGGGGGAUGUGACUGCACGGCUGUUGGGUGAGCCAUAACGUUAGUAGACAUAGCAUGAGCGAUAGGUUUUGAUUGUUUAGUCGAGCGCUGUCCUUAUUCGAUUCGAAUGGUCUCCUCUCAUAUAGUAUCUGAAUGUUCGUCAGGUUAGCCAUAACCAAUGCAUUGUGAAAGUG